GUGUGGUAGGGCUCAGCUAAUUCACCCAAACCCUUGGGUUCCUGUGGAGCAGAGCUCCUCCUCCUCCUCCCUGUUCUCCCCCUCUCUCACCAUCACUACUACUCAACGUUCUCAGUGCUACAACCUCAUACCUCCUCCCUGUUCUCCCUCUCUCUCACCAUCACUACUACUCAACGUUCUCAGUGCUACAACCUCAUACCUCCUCCCUGUUCUCCCUCUCUCACCAUCACUACUACUCAACGUUCUCAGUGCUACAACCUCAUACCUCCUCCCUGUUCUCCCUCCCUAUCCCAAUCAAUCUAUCCAUCUAUCUAUCUAUCUAUCUAUCUAUCUAUCUAUCUAUCUAUCAAUCUAUCUAUCUAUCUAUCUAUCUAUCUCUCUCUCUCUCUCUCUCUCUCUCUCUCUCUCUAUCUCUCUAUCUCUCUAUCUCUAUCUCUUGUAACAAAGGCUUGGAGGGAGAGCUCUUCCUGCAUUGUGACAUGGGAGGUGGGGUACCCAUACGGGGCGUAGAGGUGAAGGGCAGCAGACAGGUACCCAGGCUCUCUCCCUUGCUCCUAUGGCAGCCAAUCAGCUUGUCCAUGGCAUUGUUAGUGAAGAUCUGUUGGUUGAACUGUUGCUGUGGCGCCCUCUCAAAUGUCCGGCUAACUGGACCGCCCCACUGGCUGGAGGUCUGUGACGACUCAAAGGGCCUUGCCUUCCAGGGCGAGGGUGACUCGGACUGCCGACUGGACCAUUAAACUAUAGUCUCAUCAGGACUGUUGGAAUAUCCGCUUUCACGUAAUGUAAAACAGAACAUGGUCACAGGAAUGUCUGAGGCAACACUUUCACCUCAAUGGUAAGCAGAGAGGGGCGAGUUCUUCUUUUUUAGAAAACAAGUGCAAAGCACAAAGAUCAGAAACCGAUUUACAACCACACAGAGCUGGUGUGAGCUUCCUCUUUCUGGACUCUUGCAAGUUUACAGACUGUAAGCGAUGAUUUUUCUCAAGACCCUCUUUCUUUUAAAUCUCCCGUCAUUAGGAGUAGGGGAAAUCGGGCCCUCACACUCAGUAUCACUGCCAGGGAACCUACAGGCUCUAGGGGGAUCCUGUGUACUGAUUCCCUGUACAUUUAAUAUCUCUGGUUUUGAGAGUAAAUUGAACACAUCUGGGUCAAUCUAUGGAUUGUGGCUUAAAGGUGGAUAUUCAUUUAAUAAUGACCCAGUGGUGUUCAAUGGCACUAACAACACAACCAUGUUGUUUGAGAGAAUAGAAAUCCUUGGAAAUCUACGCCUGAAAAACUGCACAACUGUCUUCUACAACGUCAAUCAAAAUCAUACAGACAAAUACUUCUUCAGAACUGAGAUGAAAGACUUUAGGGCAACAUUCAUUGAAACGUCAUUUCAACUGACUGUUGCAGAUGCUGUGGCAAGUCCAAAUGUAUCAAAAGUGUCGGAGAUGUUGGAGGUGUCAGAGAUGUCGGAGGUGUCUGAGGGCUCAUCAGUGAAUCUGUCCUGCACUGCUGCUGUUCCCUGUCCCUCUCAGCCUCCUACCAUCACCUGGUCUCUUCCCACUGGGAACGUACACACUCAGAUACGGGAUGAGGAAGACGGCACAAAAUCCCUCUUGUCCUGUUUGACCUUCACCGCUUCCCGAAGUCACCAUGGGAGAGAAAUCUCCUGCAUGGCUUCCUACCUCAGACAGAACCAGAGCACCGUGGCAGCAAACAGCACUGUGCAGAUACUCAGAGUCCUGUUCUCUCCUGAGGAUGUUGCAGCCUCUGUGAGUCCUUCAGGUCCAGUGCCAGAGGGCAGUAGUGUGACUCUGACCUGUAACAGCAGUGAGGCCAACCCUCCAGUGCAGAACUACACAUGGUUGAGAGGGGAGCAGCACACGCCCAUAGGAUCUGGACAAACCCUCACCUUCAAUCUGAGCUCCAGUGAGGAAGGACUGUACUACUGUAGGGCAGAACAUCCACAGGGGGGAAAGAAGUCUGCGGCAGUGACACUGACUAUUAAAGGGCUGGAUCAAAUGGAAAGUGUUCUAAUCAUCGGAGCAGCAGGAGGAUCUCUGGCAGUACUCCUUCUAGCUGUUCUGAUCAUUUGUGUUAUAAGAUGGAACAAAUCUCCAAUAACUCAAGAGCAGAAUUCUGAAUGUGAGACCUCAGCUACGUGUGAUGAGAACAGACCUGCAGGUGCUAACAGACCCGAACCCUCAGAGGAGCAGCCAGAGGAGAUCCACUACGGGGAGAUCGUCUUCUCCAGUAUGAAGCUCAGAGACACCAGUGAGAAGACGGAGCAGGAGCAGGAGACGGAGUACGCAGAGGUCAAUCAGUCAGGCAGAGACACCCAGACUAGUGACCAGACAGGCCCAGACAAUGAAGAGCUUUACGCCCAAGUCCGGAAGUAAUUGAGAUCACUCCACUCUUAUGAGGAGUGUUACCUUCUGCUUCCUGCUUUUGUACAACUGUUAUCUCUGAUUUUGAUUUUGUAGAUAUGUGUAAAUGAUACACAUUUUCUAUUUGAGUUUGUGUUGUGUAAGAAAUACUAUAUGUCUAUAUGUCAAUAAAAUCAUU